AAGCAAGAGAACAAAAUGUGUGUGAUUGAAGUCCUACGAAGCUACGGCGACAACGACGAGCCUAUUCCGGAUGACACACCCACCUCAGAUGACAAAUUCUGUCUCUUCGGCAUGCACUGUUUUCAGGUCCAGCACACUCAUGUCAUUUUCUUAGAUGGCGAGUUUGAAGUAUGCCCGGCCUGCGAUAUAGUUGAGCUCCUCCCGACAGCGCUUUGGUCCCUUAACGUCUCGGGGUUGACCAUUUCUAACCCGUUUGUUUGGGAGAAGCGAGCGCCACCGCUAAAAGCUUCGGUCGAGCUCUGGAACAAGACGGCGCAGAAUGAGCUUACCAAAAUCCUUUCUGAAGAUGAUCUAGACUUGAAUCGGUGUAAGUUUAUUCUUCAUUAUAUUUUAGGGUUGCCGCAUUUUAUCGAGCGGGUGCCAUUGCUUAAGAUUUUCGGUGAGAGCAUAGGCACUUGGUGUGGUUAUGCUGGCAGUUGUGAAUUGAAGGAGAUUGCAGAAGAUCAUGAUUGGGAUGAUGAGUUUGAUGCUGUUUUGGAGUAUGCUUUUAAGUCGCAUAUGGAUGAGAAGGUGGCGAUAAAAGAGCAAGGUUAG